GUUUUCGAGAAAGUAAUAUAAGUUCGCAGUAAAGUCGUGGUGUUAUCUGGCAGAAGAACUACAAGGGAUGUAUUAAAAGAUUCGAUUGUGGGAUAAAAUGUCCAGCUGGAGGGCUGUUGGUAUCCUUUCUCCAAUACUCACCGGUAGAAAGGUAUCGCGAACCAUACCACAACAAUGGGACCACCACAAUCAGCAAUACCGUUACAACCAAUCGCAAACUCGACAUGCUUUAUUAGAUUUGCGUCGGAAGGCAAUACCAGUUGAUCGACAGCGUCAGGUACUGUACGAGUUGGUGGAAAAGUUUGAAAAGUUUCCCCACGCGAAAAAGUUUGCGAUCGAGGAGGGCGCUAUCGAGUUGCUGAAGGAACUGCAGCAUUCAUCUGAUCCGGCAAUUACGGAGCAUGCCAAGCUGGGGUUAGCACUGCUUGGCUACGUACCACCCUUGCCGGGGGAAGGUAUUCGUAUUUUGAGCAUCGACGGCGGUGGCAUGCGGGGCAUAAUCGUUAUGGAACUGCUACGCAAACUGGAACGUCUCACUAACCGUAGGAUAUUCGAUUUGUUCGAUCUAGUGUGUGGCGUUUCGACGGGAGCAAUUUUGGUGUGUGCAUUGGCAUCUGAAAAAAAUCUCACUCUCACGGAAGGAAUACACGUGUACAAAAAGAUGGGAUAUAAAAUCUUCCACCGCCCGACGACAUUUGAUAAACUUUCGGGUGCUUCACGCCUGGUUUCGUCGCAUGCCUACUACGAUAUCGAUCUGUGGGAGACGUUGCUUAAACGCCACGUAGGACAUCGUCGUAUCAUCGACACCGUGAUGCUUCCAAACGUGCCGAAGUUCUGUUGCAUUUCGACGACGGUAUGUGACGAGUACAUCGAUGCGCAUGUGUUCCGCAACUACACGUUUCCCCAGAACGUACAAUCCGUAUACUCGGGUAAUCACACAGCCCGUCUGUGGGAGGUAGUACGAGCUUCGUCGGCCGCCCCGGCUUAUUUUGGAGAUUUUCCAUUAAACGGACAACUGCACCAAGACGGCGGCAUAUUGUAUAACAAUCCAACGGCCGUCGCAAUACAUGAGGCGAAAUGCCUCUGGCCAAAUGACGAGAUCCAAUGCGUAGUGUCGUUUGGCACGGGUCGAACGCGCAGCAAAUCCAACGACGGACAGAAAAUCAUUAGCCACAAGAUGCUCGGCCAAGCUUCGCUUUCCAGCUCGUGGAAAACGAAGUUUCUUCGCAUUCUUGAUUCGGCCACUGAUACGGAAGCGGCUCACACAGUGCUGAGCGAUUUGCUGCCUCCGGGGCGCUACUUCCGCUUUAACCCGUAUCUGACUGAAUUUUUAUCGAUGGUCGAGGUACAGCAGGAAAAGAUCCUACAGCUCGAAAAGGAUACGGCCGCGUAUUAUGCGCGAAACGAAGACAAAUUCGAAGAAGUCGCUGAUAUACUGAUGCGCAAGAGAUCAGUACUGCGCAAGGCGUAUGACGUCGCUCGAUACGUGCUUUACCGUUAGAGCGUGAGCAUUAUUUCAAGUAAGAAAGAAAAUUCAUUACGCUGAUUCCAAAGAGAUUCCUUAGUAUUCGCAGAAUGUGAAAAUGCUGUGUUUGUGUUGGGUCUUGUGACCAAUUUUAUAACCUAUUUAUUUGUGUUUCCGUUUGCAACACCAUACUUGUAUCUCACGACAUACCUCAAGCGUAGGAAAAGUUGCUACGUUGAUAGUAUUUCUGUUUUUAAGAGUCUUUUGUUCUGUUCAUGUAGGACAAUUACGUGACGAAGUGUAUAAACACUGUUUGAAAUAUUUGUUAAAAUAAAGCCAGGCUAAUAAAACACCAUAAGUAGUU